CCUACCCAUUAUCUAGAUUGUGGUUCCUGGGGAGAUUAGUCAUUAAAUAUUCCACACCUUGGCAAAUUUUAUUCGCCAACUGUCACCACAUCAACACCUGCCUCUCCUCUAGUUUAUAAAGAGCACGCAUGGCCAUCACUUUGCUCAUCGUCCCUUCACUAGUGCCUUCCUCUCCCUAGCUACUUCCUCGUGUUCUGAGGGGUUACACUACUCUUCCUUCUCUGCCUUGCUCAUCUAUUUCUUUACCCCAAUCAACCCACUUCAAUUGAAGUUAGAACGCACAAAAGAAAAAACAGAACCACUUCAACUGUGGUUGUUGUAGAGUAAGCAAGUGUUCACUUGCUUUGCCUCUCUAUAUUCAACCCUACAACCAAAUCUGAACAGAGCAAAUGGCUUCCAGCUCCCUUUCCUAUCGUAGCUCUGGCUCGUCUUGGACUCCCAAGCAAAACAAGUUGUUUGAGAAGGCAUUGGCCGUCUAUGACAAGGAAACCCCUGACCGCUGGCACAAUAUUGCCAGGUCCGUAGGUGGAAAAACGGUGGAGGAAGUGAAGAGACAUUAUGAGAUUCUCGUAGAGGACCUCAAGCAUAUCGAGUCUGGCCAAAUUCCCUUUCCCAAUUACAGGACAAGUGGAGGGAACAGCAGCAAAGGCAACAAUAACAUUGCUGACGAAGAGGAGAGGCUGAAGUAUUUAAAGCUCCAUUGAACCUGAAUCCAUUGCAAUAAGGAAUUAAGGGUCCAUUACUCUGCUACUUUUAAGCAGACGUAGUAACAGAGGAUAUCUUCCUUGU